GCGAAGCAGCAGCUGCCUGGUCCGGCGCGGCCCUGCUCGGCCCGGGAGUCCGCGUGAGGGGAUUCGCGCGCGGCGCUGGUCGCCCAAGUAGAGAGCGCCAGGUGCCCCCCCCCAGCCCCUCUCGCUGACUCCCCACCACCCGGAGCCAUGAGCCAGAGGCAGGUCUUACAAGUUUUCGAGCAGUAUCAAAAAGCCCGAACGCAGUUUGUUCAAACGGUUGCUGAACUUGCUACUAGGCCACAGAAUAUCGAGACCCUCCAGAAUGCAGGUGUAAUGUCUUUGCUGAGGCCUCUUCUGUUGGAUGUGGUCCCAACUAUUCAACAGACUGCUGCUUUGGCUCUUGGGAGACUUGCCAAUUAUAACGAUGACCUGGCAGAGGCGGUUGUUAAGGGAGACAUUCUUCCACAGCUUGUAUAUUCGUUGGCUGAACAGAAUCGUUUCUACAAAAAAGCAGCUGCAUUUGUGUUAAGAGCGGUUGGUAAACAUUCUCCUCAGCUAGCUCAAGCGAUAGUUGAUUGUGGAGCACUGGAUACACUUGUGAUUUGCUUGGAAGAUUUUGACCCUGGAGUAAAGGAAGCUGCAGCCUGGGCACUUGGAUAUAUUGCCAGACAUAAUGCAGAACUGUCACAAGCUGUGGUGGAUGCAGGAGCUGUUCCUCUUUUAGUACUCUGUAUCCAGGAGCCAGAAAUUGCUUUGAAAAGGAUUGCUGCCUCAGCCCUCAGUGAUAUUUCAAAGCAUUCUCCAGAGUUAGCCCAGACAGUAGUGGAUGCGGGGGCUAUUGCUCACUUAGCUCAGAUGAUCCUGAACCCUGAUGCUAAACUGAAGCGUCAGGUGCUUUCAGCUCUCAGCCAAAUAGCAAAGCAUUCUGUGGAUCUUGCAGAAAUGGGGGUUGAAGCAGAAAUUUUCCCAGUUGUACUCACAUGCCUGAAGGACUCAGAUGAAUAUGUCAAGAAAAAUGCUGCAACUUUAAUUAGAGAGAUAGCAAAGCACACGCCUGAGCUUUCACAACUUAUAGUCAAUGCAGGAGGAGUUGCUGCUGUGAUUGAUUGUAUUGGCAACUGCAAAGGAAAUGUCAGGCUGCCUGGCAUCAUGAUGCUUGGCUACGUAGCAGCUCAUUCUGAGAACCUGGCAAUGGCAGUGAUCAUCUCCAAGGGGGUGCCACAGCUGUCUAUCUGCUUGUCAGAGGAACGAGAAGAUCAUAUUAAGGCAGCGGCUGCUUGGGCCUUGGGACAGAUUGGAAGACAUACUCCAGAGCAUGCACGUGCUGUUGCUGUAACAAAUGUGUUACCACUGCUGCUUUCCCUGUAUAUGGAAACAGAAAGCUCAGAAGAUCUCCAAGUAAAAACUAAAAAGGCCCUAAAGAACAUCUUGCAGAAAUGCACAUAUCUGCCAGCACUUGAACCCUUGCUGCAUGAUGCACCUCCCAAUAUUCUGAAACACGUAGUUGGACAAUUCAGUAAGGUGCUGCCGCAUGAUAGCAAAGCACGACGUCUCUUUGUAACAAGUGGUGGACUUAAAAAAGUUCAAGAGAUAAAAGCAGAGCCGGGGUCACUUCUUCAAGAGUACAUCAACACUAUUAACAACUGUUACCCAGAGGAAAUAGUAAGGCAGGCUCUGGAGCUGCAACACCACCCUUCUGAUGCCAUGCCAAUCAGUAAGCUGCAGUAGAAGUUUCUGCCCCAUACAUGGAAUACAGGUAUUAUUCUCCUGGAUAUUCUGAUGCACUUCUGGAAAGAGUGGAAAAUUAUCAACCAGUUUUAUAAAUGCUUUGAUUUUUUCUGUUAAAAUAGUCUAUUUCUCGUAUGUGCUUUUCUGAUGAGCAUGAAAAUACAGUACAGUAUAGCCAGAAACUCUUGCCGAAUUCUGAAAUAUUUAUCUUUCUCCUAUUCUCUGAACUAUUAAUCACCAUUAUUAAUCCUUUGUCAGUUUGAAGAAAUAACCUUGAUUUUUUUUGUGCUGUAGUGUUUGUGCAAGCUCACAUUGAGAACGAGGAUUCUCAAAUGUCAGGAGUUCAUGUUUCUCAAAAGUCACUCAUGCUGCAGAGUGCUGAGCACUGCCUGGAUGUACUUGGGAGCCCUCUUCAACUCCCACUGCACUCAAUGGAAGUUGAAGGAGCUCAGUGUCUCCAGCCAGUGAUAUUUUGUUCUGUAUAUAAUUAGUUUCUCAAGUUUUGCUCCUCUUUUUCUGAUUUUUUUCUGCCUGAUCCUACAACUAGUUAUUACCUCACCUUUCACUAAAACUCCAUGUGAGAGCAAGGAUUUAUGAUGGAGAAAGUCUUUGUCGAAUCAGUCCUUAUUCUUUAUUUCCUCAUGGAAAGCUAGUGGUUAUCUGACCGGGGCCCAGGCUUUGGCUUUCCCCGUAUUGUAACUAUUUCCCUGUUUGUACCUUUAUAUAUAGGUUAGAGCUCCCCAGGUCUGAGAGAAUCCUAACUCUUUUGUUAUUAGGCAAUCAAUUUUCCUCUGAAACAUUUCCAACCCCUCCUUAAUGGAAAACAAGAGACUGACUUAUUAGGAACGAUUUUGGUUCAUAGGGGCCAAAGUAGGUAUAAAAUAGACAAGCUGUCAGGGUCUGACAGUGAUAUGAGGACCAAAUCUUACCUUGGCUGGUGGAGUAUGGUGGACAGGAAUCCUGGCCAGUGCAUCCUCUGCAGGAGUCCUGCUGCUCGAGGCAAGAUUUGUCAUGAUGGGAAGGGGCUGCACACUUCUCUGCCCCUCUGAUCAGGAACAGAGUGUGAGCAUCCAAACUGAGCUUUCUGUAUGUGCAUAGGGGCCAGAUCCUAUAAGGUCCUGUCAGAUUCAGAGCACAGUCAACUCUGAUUGUAAGUACGCAGCAUCUGGCAGGAAGUACUCAACAGCUCACAUAAUGGGCCCUCAGAACAAUGCCUGCAAAGUACUGAGCAUCUUCGGAGAAUUGAGGGCACUUUACUCCCAGUCACUUGAAUGGAACUUGAGGUUGCUCAGCAUUUGUCAGGAGACAAUUGGCACUCUGCAGAAUUGGGUCUAAACAGGUCGGGAGCCUAAAGAGAGUCCCUCAUCCAUAGAUCACGCCCACACAGGUAUGUUGCAGAUAUUAGCUGUUGGCUUGCUGGAGCACUAUGACGAGAUUUUUCCCUCUUACAUGAUGUAAUAAGACUCUUAACUUCCUCUUAUCCCUCUUGGGUACCAGUGCAGCACAGGACAGGAUGUAGCCCUGAGUAGUCACUAGCUUACCUGGCAUAGUCAUUUGUCAUUCCCUUUGAACUACUGACCAUUUUUCUCCCUCUAGUAGGUAGCAUUUUCUUUCAAAGAAUAAUAAAAAUUUUGUUUCUGCAGUGGAGUGUUGAACUACUGAGUGUGGGGAGAGAUGUUUGAAAACCCUGCAUUAAAGAGAACACUUUUGACAUACAAUAAAAUGUGUCAAAUUAAUUUUUCUACUUUUGUAAAAAAAUGUAAGUUUAUAAAACAGGAAUAGUCUCCUCUAUUAACUGUGUAUAACAGGAGCAAUGCUUCAAUGUAAUUGGAAAUGAUUUAGAGUGGGUACCCUGACCAAAUUCUAAAUUUCUAUUUUCUUUUAUUCUUGUCAGCAUCAUUUUCAGCAGUUUACAAAAAUAUUGAUGGGUUAUCUUGACUAAAGGACUAAUUCUACAAAGGGCUGAGUCCCUGCUGCGAGGUGUGAGUGCUAUCAGCUUCCAUGUUUUUCAGAGGGAAUAGAGGGUGCACAGCACCUUGCAGUAUCUAGCCCUAAUUGAAUUGGAAGUUGAGAGGCUUCAUGAAUUCUGAUACUGAGAUAUUCAUAGACCAUACCAGGUGGGUUUCUUCCUUAUCAACCAAAAUAUCUUGUCUUCCCUAACGGAAAGUAAACACCAUAUCAUACCCCGACCUCUUUUUCUAUUUCUCACAGUAGACCAGAUUGUCCAAAGAGAUGAACUCCACCUGUGUGGACAAAACAGUGUGAAAGGAGGGUGCUUGGUGCCUGACAGAAGCUGGCCCAAUAUUGGGGAAUUAUUAUUUAAGACAAUUAUACAUUUUAUCCUAGGCAAAUAAAAUCAUUUGGCCUCUAACUGUUGUAGUAAUAAUCCAAGGAUCCUGCCACUUUGCUGCAGUCAGGGGAAUGGAGAUGAUGCAGAAUCUUGUGCUGGUUGCCUGCAGUUGAACAGGCUCCUUCACAGGGUUGCAAUCCCUCCUCCUGUGGCUGAAGGACUCCCCAUGGACACUGAUGCUGCACAGGGCAGGAUUUAGGUCUUAAAGAGCACUAUGACUUAUUUGCAUUUUCAAAUUCACUAGCUCAAUGACUACUAUUUUUGCAGUGCUUCAAUAACUUUGUUUUACAGCACUUCAGCCCUCUCUCUCUUGGUUGAAAUAAUAUCUGUACCUGUGUUAAUGUUUAUAGCCACUACUGUGGCAACUGUCAAGUGGUAUCUUUUGUCUCAGUUCCACCUAAUAAAAUCUAGUUGUUUGCAUUUUAA